AUGAGCUCCCGGGCACCCCUUCCAGGAAGGCAGGAGGGACAGGGCAGCACAGAGCCCCCCAGAGGCAAGAGCCACCCCUGGGCCCCGCAACAGCAGCAGCCAGCGGGGAGGAGCCUUCCCCAGGGCUCGCUGCCCCACUCCUCCAAGCCGCUCACGUCCUUCCUCAUCCAAGACAUUCUGCGGGACGGUGCGGACCGCGGAGCUGCGGGGAACGGGAGGAAGAGCCGGGGAUGCUGCGGUGCCUCUAGCCCGGAGCCUGCGCUGGACAGUGCAAGCUCCGCUCCCCAGCAGCCAACUGGGAAACCCCUCCCUGAAGGGGUCCCCCCGCCACCCCCGGAGCAACCAGGAGAGCCAGACGCAGAGGCAUAUACGGAGACCAACCUGUCAGACUGUGAAAACCCUCUGAAAUCCUCACCGAGCAACCAAAGGACCCCAAAGCAGCAAAAGCGCUCACGGGCAGCCUUCUCCCACACUCAGGUCAUCGAGUUAGAGAGGAAGUUCAGUCAUCAGAAGUAUCUGUCCGCCCCGGAGCGAGCCCAUCUGGCAAAGAACCUGAAGCUCACUGAAACCCAGGUGAAAAUCUGGUUCCAGAACAGAAGGUACAAAACCAAAAGGAAGCAACUAGCCUCAGAACUCCGUGGACUCGAUAAGAACUCAGUUUUCCCAGUCCUUAAAGAGGAUGAUGUCUCCAAGGCCUCUCUGAUUUCUGUGUAUAACAGCUACCAGUACUAUCCAUACCUGUACUACUUGAAUGGCUGGAGUCCCUCUUUGUGGUAA